GUCAUUCUCCUCGUCUCCGGGGCUACGGGGUGGGGGGGCUUCAUGUUGAGUCGGGCGACUUGUCGUCGAUGGUUGCAGCUUUGAUCGACCCUGAAACCCUGAUCGAGAAGUCCCUGCAGACUCCGAGCGGGGGGCGCGUGGGGCUCGCGCGGCGGCUGCUGCUGCUGCUGCUGCUGCAAGGGACCGACGACUGGUUCGGCCAACGGUCCGUCCACCCAAGCCCCAGCCACCUGGAAAUUACUGCCAACCCAGGGAGAGACGAGCGCGUGUCUUCCAGGCUGCCCGCUAUUGAUGCCUGCCUCCAUCCAGACUCGCCUCGCCUGCUGUCAGCCCAUCGAAGAUCAAUUCCUCGGACAAGUCCUUCACGGACGGCGCUGACUUGAACGAGCUCGGUCCUGCUUGAAACGGACCAAGGAGCCACGGAUCGCCAGGUGUCAAGAAGCCAUCAUGGGCAACGCGCCCACGGCCAGGAAGGGCAACGAGAUGGAAAGCGUUAAGGAGUUUCUUGCAAAAGCCAAAGAGGACUUCCUGAGGAAGUGGGAGAGCCCUGCACAGAACACCGCUUGUCUGGAGCAGUUUGAGAGGUUGAAGACUUUGGGGACAGGAUCCUUCGGCCGAGUGAUGCUGGUGCAGCACAGAGAAAACGGCCAACAUUAUGCCAUGAAGAUCCUCAACAAGCAGAAGGUGGUGAAGCUCAAGCAGAUUGAACACACUCUCAAUGAGAAGAGGAUCCUUCAGGCUGUCAGCUUUCCUUUUCUGGUGCGGUUAGAGUAUUCCUUCAAGGACAACACUAACCUGUACAUGGUGAUGGAAUAUGUACCAGGAGGAGAGAUGUUCUCACACCUACGAAGAAUCGGCAGAUUUAGUGAACCGCAUGCUCGGUUCUAUGCCGCUCAGAUCGUUCUGACCUUUGAGUACCUGCAUGCGCUGGACCUGAUCUACAGGGACCUGAAGCCUGAAAACCUCCUCAUAGAUCAACAGGGUUACAUACAGGUUACAGACUUUGGUUUUGCCAAACGUGUGAAGGGCAGGACCUGGACACUGUGUGGAACCCCAGAAUACCUGGCCCCUGAGAUCAUCCUCAGCAAGGGUUACAACAAGGCGGUGGACUGGUGGGCGUUGGGGGUACUGGUCUAUGAAAUGGCUGCGGGGUAUCCACCUUUUUUUGCCGACCAGCCAAUUCAGAUCUAUGAAAAGAUCGUGUCAGGGAAGGUGCGUUUUCCGUCUCACUUCAGCUCAGACCUGAAGGACCUCCUGAGGAACCUGCUGCAGGUGGAUCUCACUAAACGCUACGGAAACCUAAAGAACGGGGUCAAUGACAUCAAGGGACACAAAUGGUUUUCUACAACUGACUGGAUUGCUAUCUAUCAGAAGAAGGUGGAAGCUCCUUUCAUUCCCAAGUUUAAAGGACCAGGCGACACCAGCAACUUUGACGACUAUGAAGAGGAAGAGAUUCGCAUUUCCUUCACCGAAAAAUGUGGCAAAGAAUUCACCGAGUUCUAGUCUGAGUGUGGGAAAGACAGGAGGAAGUAGGGAGAGUCGAAGGUAGGCUGGUCCUGAGUGAGACAUUUGGGGAAUCGACCGUCUCUCGUCCGACCUGAGCAACCAGCCGCCCAGAAAAGUGGGAAAGAAAAUGACAUGAAUGGAGAAAUAUAGCAGGUGGACUGAAAACCAGCAGUGUUACCUUUUUUGUUGUAUUUUAUUUGACAUUCUCCCUUAUUUAUGGAUGGCUUCACGACGAGGGUGUAGUAUUUUGUUGACUGUACAUCAGCUCUUUUCAGACAGGUGAUCACCCUGAACCAACAGUUUCACAUUUCCCCAAGGACUUCAGGGUAAUGUUUUCACAACAUAGUGGUGGGUUUGUGCGGUUUGUCCACAUUUAUUUCCCACAUUGUCUUUACUGUUGAAAGCCUUAAAACGUGUGCGUCCUCUUGGUCAGUUGGUCCUUCAGAUAGUUUGACACGCUAUUGAAACGCUUGGGCUCCUUCUCCUCCGCCUCCUUGGAGAUGGUAACGUUCAUCGCUGUUCUCAAAGUGACUCCUUUCAUUGUGGGAUCGGUUGAGAAAUCGUCUCCUAAAAGCAAGGUUGGAAUGAAUCAAGCACUCUUCUGAUCGGAAGAACAAGAUAAAGGAGGCAUGAAGUAACCUGGGAUAGAAGCCAGUCUUCUGUCAGGAUGCCUCCAUGAAAACUGGCGGGAGGCAGCGGGACAAUCCCUGAAGAGAUUACGGCGUGAUAUACUCAUCCAUGAUGCACAUGCAAGUUUAGAUUUCAGCCUAGAGCAGUGUUUUUCAACCUUUUUUAAGACCCACUUGGUUGAUUGAAAAAAAAAAACCCAGAGAUCCGCCAUCAAAGGAACCUUGGUCAAGUCAAAAUUGUUUGAAGAAUUGUAGCAACUGACACUCAGCUAUAUUAUUAUGUUAUUAGCAGAAAAUGUGUUUGUUUAACAUUUGAUUCUAGUUUGGGGAAUUUCCAGAGAAAUCUAGCAUUUGCCUCAGCUUUAUAACUUUCCUCUCUUCAUGUCUCGGAGCGCAUUUAUUUGUUGUACAUUUCAUUUUCGGCCCACUUUUAAAGCUCAAACUAAACAGUUUACAAGUGUCAAUGUCAAGUCCUGUUAGCUCUGCUACGGUACAGACAGCGUCGCAGGACCGUCUCCAUCACUCUGUCGUGAAGGUGUGUGGUCAAGUGAGAGGCGCAUCAGGUCGGCUACUUUGCUGUGAGAGCGUGGGAAAGGGAGCGCAGCAUAGAUCUAUAGUGCAUAGAAAGAAUGUGAAUCCUUGUUGCAACAUUGUCAACCACGCGUUUUACUCGUUCAUGAUCUAAUGUCAUCAUAUCACCCACCUCUGUGUCAAAUGAGAUCUGAGAACUGGCACACUGGUUGAAAAACACUGGCCUGGAGAGCUGCUCCACUAACUUCGCUGUUAAAAAAAAAACAGUAUUCUAGAACAAGUAUGACAGACGCACCGUCACCGAUGCAAUGUCUCCCACUCACUACACAAUUGCACAUACACAAUGUGCAAUGUGGAGCUGUAUAAAUCUGUGUUUUUCUCUUCCCAGACAGUGGCGCACUACUGCAUGCUGUCUUGAAGUGGUUGCAGUAUUUUGCUGGGUGCAAACAGGUUUGCAUGUGUUUGGUAUGCGCCCAGGGAAUCAGCCCGUCCCCUGGUCUCCCAUCUGAGAAGAGAGGAGGCUUUGAUAUUCAUGCAGGAGAGCUGCAGGACGCUCCGCUGGAGAGGGCCUCUUAAAAGUCCUGGCAACCAACUGACCAAGUGGACGAAAUGUAUGCUUUGUUUGAAUUCUUCUUAACCUGUCUGUAAAGAAAAGCAAUUGGACAAGAGCAACAUGUGAAACUGACGCUUUAUAUUUUCACACCUUGGAGUGGCUCACAGUGGAGAGGAAACACGUUGGGUUUGCUCUGUAUCUUCAUGAUGGCGUGUCAGGUCAGUGGUGAACAGAUGGCAAAUAACUGUAAAUCCAUUUGCAACUGAUGGCGUUCAAGAGUCCAAAACAAAAGCGUAUAUACUGCGGCUGAUUCUGGAAUCAACUGCAGUUGCUUUCACUCAUGGUUCAGGAUGUUUUCUAUUGCGAGAAUCACUGUCUUACGGUUUGUGUAACUGUGUUGAAAACAUGCACCUAUUUUUUGUGGUGAAGACGAUGUAAAGAAAACUAAACUGGCUUUGUGAAGCAGAUACUUGGCCUCUGUACUUUUUGUUUCCCCGAAGGAGAGAAUGGAAAUCAAACGAGGACUGAGCCAGAUGCCAAUUCAAAAUGGCCGCCGUGAACCGUUCGAGGAUCUUCGUCCAAGUCACAGAAAUAGACAAACGCAAUCUGCAUAAUACUGAUACUUCAAGCACGGAGAGAAACGUAUAUUGACUCAGAAUACAUGCAGCGAAGGGGGUGAUAGUAACCAUCAGGAAUUGAUCAUUUUCUUGGUAACAUUUUGUCCCCAAAAGCAAUGAAGAAGCUCAAAACUGGAUCCCAAAAUAAGCUGUGGAAAUUUCUUUUUAAAACAAAGUUACCUUGUAAAUGGUCGUGAUGGCUACUAAAACUAUUCCACAGUGAUAUGAAAAUCUGGUAUUGUAUCACUACAAAUGGGAUGUUUUUAUGAAGUCACGUGUCCCUCUUAAUCUUCAUGUUUUCAGUGUCCAUUAUUGCCAUUGAUCGUGAUGUACAGGAAGAGUGUGUACUUCAAAGAUAACAUGUGGGGAGAGUAUGUGCACAGUAAAACCGUGCCAGGUCUGGUCCACGUGUCAUGAACGGUUCCAACAUGAGCGACAGGGAAUCAAGUAUUGAUGUGGUCCAGCCUCUGUGACCAGACGUCGAACCAAGACUCAGAGUUAUUCCUGUCAAGUGUCAGUCAGACUCUCUGCAUAACAUCCACACCAUCAGCAGUCGUGUUUACUCAUGCCUGAAGCGCUGCAGAAGGAGCUGGUCAUGUGCUCGCUUUCGUUUUCCACCAUUUUCACUCUGGGUGAGUCAUAUAACGCCACCCUCUCAUGCACACAGUGACACAACUCCAACGGCAGCAGGCGAGGUACAGAGAGAAGGUGUUGUGGAGUUGAAUGUUUCUCA